AUUCUGUGCCUUCUUCAUCUUUUUUUUUUCCUCUCUUUCUUCUUUGAUAGAAAGCGGACUUGACCUGGAAAUGGAUUUGAAUGCUUAGCUCUCUCCACUCCCCGCUUCUGAGAUUUCCAUUUCCCUCUCAUUUUUCUCUUUCAAUUCCUUUUCAAUCCUCUUCAAUUUGUUCUUCCAUUGUUGGAAUCGCUAGAUCUUGUUUCGGAUCCGUGGAUCUUUGUUCCGGCAUUAUCUGUUUUCUCUUCUGUUGCAGAUCUUUUCCGCUGUUUUCUUCAAUCUCGCCAACUCAAAUCCAAGCUUACGCGGUUUUGUUUUUCAUGAAGUUCUGAUCGUUUGCGCGGUUCUCGAGUUUACACCAAAUGAUGGAAUCGGAAAUCCUUGUACCUGCUGAUGGGCUCAAACUGACCCUUCAAAAUGGGUUUCAUGAGCCUGUUUCUGGCUCCUCAGAGGAAAUUGUUCCUGAAGUGAUUGUGAGUGAGGGCAUAACCAAAGACACAGGGGAUACGAUGCAGCAAGAAAAUAUCGAAAAUGAUAUCAAAUUGAGUGGCAGUGCAGCUAAUGAAUCGACCACAAGGGAACUCACAGAGGGAUCAGAUUUUCUGGCAGAAAGCGAUAUAUCAACCCUUUCUAAGGAAGGAGAGGAAAAGAAUGUCGAUCCUCCCAAGAAAGUGAAACCAGAGAAGGGUCAAAUCAAGAGCAAGAAUGAAAAGUCAUCAGGCCCUAAACACAUUUCUUCGACUGGGAUGAAUAAGAAUAAAGAUGGAAAAGAUGCAGAACAGACUGCUGCUCUUUUAAAUGGUUCUGGUACAGGUACAUCACAUCCACACCCAAAGCAGCCUAGUAAGAGUAGAUCAUUCAAUGAGAGGCAACCUCAAGUACCAAAGCAACCUGAGAAGUCUGAUGGGGAAGGCUCCAAGGAGAAUACGAACCUGAAACCUUUGAAGAAAGGUCAACCUAGUAAAUCAGAAGGAGAAUCGGAAUCUUCUAUAAGUCCCAGAGCAGGAGAUGAAAAACCAAACAGGGUUGGGAGACUUCCUAACUAUGGUUUUAGUUUUAGAUGCAAUGAGCGUGCUGAGAAAAGAAAAGAGUUCUAUUCGAAACUUGAGGAAAAGAUACAAGCUAAGGAAGUAGAGAAGAACACUUUACAGGCAAAAUCCAAGGAAACUCAAGAGGCUGAGAUUAAAAUGCUUAGAAAGAGCUUGAACUUUAAAGCAACUCCCAUGCCGAGCUUUUAUCAGGAACCACCUCCUCCCAAAGUAGAACUGAAAAAGAUACCUCCUACAAGAGCCAAGUCUCCCAAACUUGGCCGAAAGAAGAGUUCAACCCCAGCAGACUCUUCAAGUAAUGAUGGCGGUGAUGUGCGAUCAGCUCGCUUAAGUCUCGACGAGAAUGUGGCUCUGAAUAACAAUUCUAAGGGGGUUUAUCCUGCCCGUUCAGAAAAGCCGAAACGCAGGUCUCUUCCUAAUCUGCCUUCUGAGAGAACUACGAUACCUGGUGUCGUAACAAAUGCAGGAAAAUCCUCCGCGACCAAGGUGAAAAAUGUGGAGAAGCCUGCUGCAGCAGCAGCAGCAUCUACUACAAAUGGAAAGAAAGAAGAAAAAAGAGUGUCAUCUGAUGCAGCAACAACAAAGAAGUCUGCCAGUUUAAGAUCAAUAGAAGAGAAAACUGCUCCAUCGAACGCAACAAACGACGUCGUCAAUCUCAGCCAGGAGGAGAAUGGAGUUGAGCCUAGCGAAACAGAGAAUCAGACAGACGACGAACCAGAAAAUGAAGAACAAGAUCAGCAUCAGAGCUCGGCAGAAGAAGGUGCAGAAUUGGAGCAGUCAUCAAACACCGUUUGAAACAGUAGCAGCCAACCACGGGUGCCGUGAUCGUGAUGCCAUUUUGGAAAAACAAAAAAAAAGAAGAGAGAAAUGGCAAAAAACAAAAAAAAUGGUAUGAGACCUGAAUGAAUUAUUUUGACAUUUUAAGAAGUGAACUGAAGGGAUUUGCCUUUUGUGAUUGUUAUUAUGUAUUAUUAUGUGUUUUCUGUCUAUAGCAGCAAUUAGUUCUCUCUCACUUUGUGUGCCUUUCAACUUCUCACAGUUGCCGGUUGCCUCACUGAAGAAGGGAUUUGCCAUUUGUAUGUAACUUCUCUUGUCACUUCCUUUUUUUGAUCUAAUUUAUGUUUUUGCCUCUU